UGCCGAAGCCCGCGCGAGCUGGCCUGGGCCGCCUUGUUUCUUGCAAUGAGAGGACGGGGCCUGCUGGCUGGGAUUGUAUGUUUGCCAGGCGUGAAGGGCUGGCCGGCCCGGUGUUUCUCUCAGUCCAGUGGCCGGUGCGCAGGCCCGGGGCCUUCGUGUGUCCCGUUCGCGCGAACAGCGCGCGCGGGCAUUUUCCUGCCCGUUGCAUGGCCGGCACGGUUUUCGUUGCCCGCGUGUUGCACUGCUCCCGCCGGCAUCAGCCAUGUUGCUUGGCCGGUGCUCGAUCGUCUUCGAACGGGGGAGAAAGUGCCGCCGUGCC